AUGACGACACUAGACAAAAUAGGAAUACAAGGAAUAAGAAGUUAUUGUGACGAAUAUGCACAACAACUGGAAUUUUCUUCCCCUAUUACAAUAAUAUAUGGAAAUAAUGGAAGUGGUAAAUCAACUAUUAUUGAAUGUUUGAAAGUAAAUUGUACAGGAGACUUUCCGCCAAAUGCUGAAAAAGGUAAAUCCUUUAUACAUGAUCCCCUAAUAUCUAACAAAAUGAAUGUUCGGGGAAAAAUUGAUUUAUUAUUAAAAAAUUAUAAUAAUAAAAAGAUAGGAAUAUCUAGAUCUUUUAGUUUAUAUUAUUCUAAAGAUAAGCAAAAUAGAAUAAAACAUACAUUUCGAUCUUUGGAUAAUAAUAUUAUAAUUAAAAAAGACAAAGGUGAUGAUAUUAUAAUAACAAAUAAAUGUGUUGAUAUAAAUUGUCAUAUACCUAAAUUAAUGGGUGUAUCUAAAGCCCUUUUAGAAAAUGUAAUUUUAUGUCAUCAUGAUGAAAGUUUAUGGCCAUUUAGUGAAUCUACAAAAAUAAAAAAAAAAUUUGAUGAACUUUUUGGGGAUGACAAUUUUUCUAAAAUAUUAGAAGAACUUGUAAAAUGUAAAAAAAAAAUGAAUGAAGUGUUAAAAAAAAAAAAUUAUGAAUUAAUAAAUAUUAAAGAUUCUUAUGAAAAAAAAAAAAAUAUAUUUUUAGAAAUCGAAAAAAAUCAAACCGAAAUAGAAAAUGAAAAAAUUUUUAUACAACAAGAAAAAGAAGAGUUGAAAAAAAAAACAAUUUUAUUAGAUCAAUUUAAAAAUAAAAAUAAUAUACUAUACAAAAUUAGUUCAGAUAUAGAUACUUAUUUUGUUUUAUAUGAAAGGCAUCAAACAGAUAUAGAACAAUAUAAAAAUAUGAAAGAGAUAUAUGAAGAAAGUUCUAGUGAGCUUGAAAAUUUUUCAGAUCUUUUUAAAACAGACUUAGCUAAAUGUAAUGAGUUAAUUGAAAAAAUAAAUGAGGAAAUAAAAAAAUUAGAGGAGGAAAGUGAAAAUUGUCUAAAUGCAUAUGCUUGUGGGAAUUUAAAGGAAUGUAGUGAAAUAUCGGAUUCAAUAUUUUGUUUGGAAAAAAAAGAAAAACAACUUUUAGAUAUGAUGAAAAAAAUAUAUGAUUUAGAUAUUUGUAUUUCAAACAAUUUUAAAAGUAAGCAUGUUAAAAAUAUUCUUUUAAAGGAACAUAAAAAAAUAACAUUGCUCUCGCAAAAUAGUUUUGAUACAUUAAAUUUUAUUAAAAAGGUUGAUGACCCAACAAGCAGAGAUGAACUAUUGCCAAAUAGUGACUGGAAUGGAGUUAGUACUUUGGGGAAAGACAGCUCAGGGAAUAAUAGAAAAUGUAUAACAAAUAGAGGGAGAAUGAUAAAAAAGGUAGAUUUAACUUUUUUAAAGGAUCUCGAUUUAAAGUCUUAUCAAUCUGUAUUUGAAGAAUAUAAAGAAUUUGAAAAAAGACACAAAAACCGAAUUAAAAAAAUUUAUAAUUUUAUAAGACAAAAAAGGAUUCAAAGUCGUGAAAAUCGGAUGGAAAAAAAUAAAAAUAAAAACAAUUUAAAUAUUAAAAAAUAUCAAGAAAAGUUGAUAAAAAUAGAUAAAAAAAUAGAUCAAAUUGAAAAGUAUAAAAAACAAUUGAUAUUAUUAAAAUCAAAUGAUAAUAUUUAUGAUAAACAAUUUAAAAAUUUAGAAAAAAUGAUUCAGCUUAAAAAUAUAUAUGAUACUAUAAUAUCGAAUAGAUUUGACGAUUGUAAUUUAUCUAAUGAUAAUAGUAUAUGUACUUAUAAAGAACAAAAUGAAAAAAAUAUAAAAAAAGAAAAAUUAAAUGAAAUAAUAAAUUUAAAAAAUAAAUUAAACACAGUAUUAAACUAUAUUACAAAUGUUAACUUACUUUGUGAAUAUUUUUAUGGCUUUGAAAAAAUUCAUAAAAAAAUAAUUUUUUUUUUCGAUCGUCUUUUUUUCUAUUACACUCAAAUUAGAACUUUUUUAAAAUUAUGUAAUGGACCAAAAAAAAAACAAACCUUAUAUGAUUGUAUGCACAAUUUAGGGAUAUUAAGUUAUGAGGAAAAUGAGUUUGGUUGUAAGUUGGAAAAUGACAACUCUCAAAGUUCUAUAUUUAUGUCUAAAACAGAUGAAGAAAAAGAGACAGAUAAAGUUUUCAUUCCUAUGAUGUAUAACAAUUUGAAUGUAAAAAAGGAAGAAGAAAAUUGGUAUAACUUUGAAGAAAAAACAGUAAAGUUAGAGAAUAAAAUCGAAAAAAAUACAAAACUAAAAAGUUUGAUAUCUUUAGAAAAUCCAUUGGAAAAUAUAUCAGAUUGUGUAAAUAAAAAUGAAGAUAUAUUAGGUGGAAAAUUUAGUAAGUUGGAAUCGAAAAAAAGAGUAACAACCCAUUUUGAGGAAGCUGAAUAUGGAAUGAAAAAAAAGCAACGACAAAGACAAGACAAGUUGAUGACACCACAAAAAAUGGAAAUUGUUGAAAAUGGCAAAGCAAGCGAAAUGAAUUAUGGAUUAACGACUGAGUGGAGUCGGGACAUGGAACUGGUAGAGAGUGCCUUACGUGAAUAUGAAAAAAAGUAUGAGCAAAAAAUUGAAGAAUUUAAUAUAGAGAUAGAAAAAAUAAAAGAAAGGAUUAUGGCUCGAUCCAAUGAAACUAUAGAGGCAGAUAAAGAAAUGAAAAAUUAUUUAGAGAACAUAAAAACUUUUAAUGAAAUGCUAGAAAAGGUGGAAAUAUCAAAUGUAAGCACCUUUUUGAGCACAUUUUAUCAGACUAUUAAAAAUAUAAAAGAAGCCAAAAGAAAUAUAAAUUGGCUAGUUCGAAAAAGGGAAGAAAAAAAUAUAAAUCUAGAAAAAAUAGAUAAAACCAAUUUAUGCAACAUAUGUAAUAAUAAUUUAGAAGAAAAUGAAAUGAAUCAAAUUAAGACAAACUUAAAUAAUGAAGUGAGGCAAAUAGAAAAUGAAAUAGAGGAGGAAGAAAAAAAGUUAGAUAAUUUAAAAAGAAAUAAAAAAACAUAUGUUCCCUUACUAAAAUAUUAUUAUAAUUAUAUUCAGCCUAUAAAUAAUAAAGUUAAUAAUUUAUCUGAAAAUGAAAUAAAUGAAAUAAAAAAUGAGGUAGCAAAUCUUCAAGAAAGUUUAAACAUGUAUAUAAAUAAAAUAAAUAAGACUAAUGAAAAAUAUAAGACAUUACAAACAAUUUUAAAUAUAUCUCCUGAUCUGAUAAAUUUAAAAAAACAAAUUGUUAAAGAUGGAAAACAACUUUUUUUAUGUAAAGAUAAGAUAAAAAAUGUAUUAAACUUUUUUAAAGAUAAUACUAACAUAUUUCUUGAACAAAAUGAGUUACACAAUUUAAGUGAUAAUUUUAUAAAACUGAUGGAAAAAACAUAUGAUGAAGAUAAUCCAAAAGAAAUGACAAUUUUAAUAACAAAAUUAAAGGAGUUUUUUGAAAUGUUUAUUAAAAUAAGUGAUAAGAAAGAAGAGUUUAUAUAUGCUAGUAAUAUUAUUGAAAAGGAUUAUAAUAAUAUUUUAUGUUCCUUUUCAAUGAAUAGCGGAUUUUUAUUUACCAACAGUGAUUAUAAUGGUUAUGCAAGGGAUAGUCCCUUUUUUUUUUCUUCUAAGUUUAUCAAGUUAGUGACUGUAGAGAUAGAAAAUGAAAUAAAGGAAGAGAUUGAAAAAGUUGAAACAGCCAAAUCAGAUGUAGAAAUGGAUGGACGUACCAGAUUAGGCAAUGUGGAACCCGAUUUAAACAGUUUUGAUGCACUUUCAAAUGACGACAAAAGGAUUAGUCUUGUAGGAAAACUUCUCUACAUAGCAAAACAAAAUAAAGCCAUCGAAAAAUUGUAUACCGAAUUAAUAGGGCAUAUAAACAAAGAAGAAAUAAAAACAGAAGAAGAAAUACGUAUGUUAAGUAAAAUGGAAUUUUUAAUUAAUGAUAAAAAAAUAAAAGAAUUAGAAGAUUUUAUAAAUAAAGAAAAUAAAAUAAAAGAGUGUAUAAAAAAAACCGAAAUAUUUUUAUCUUACUAUUUAGAGAAAAAAAAAGAAAUAGACAAAUUUAUAAAUUUUAAUUAUGUAUUAAUAAAAAAAUAUAAUAAAAAAAAUAAGGAUAUAAAAAAAAAAAUAAUAAAUAAUAAAUAUGGAAUACUAUUUGAAAAUAAAAACUUUUUUCAAAAAAGUUGUAUAAUCAACAUAAUUGGUAAUCAUCUUAAAUUAACAAAAAGAGAAAAAGAAAAACAAGAAUUUAAUUUGAAAAAUAUUAGAGAACAAAUAUCUAAUAAUGAAUUAAUAAAAAAUGAAUCUAACGAAAUAAUGAAUAAGAUUAAAAAAAAAAAAGAACAAAUGUUAUGUCUUAAGGAAGAAAAAAUAAAUAUAGAAAAAAUGCAUCAUAAUGUAGUUAUGAAUACUAAUUUAAAAAAAAUUCAUGAACUAUUUUUAAAACAGCAAGAUCAAUUUUUAGGGUCUUUAUCAGAAUUUCGAGAAAAUAUCUUGAGGAGAAAAAGAGAAGUAGACAUUAUAGAGGAUGAGAUAAGUAAGUCAGAAAAUGUAGAGAUGGGAAUGAAAAAAAAAAUAGAAACAGAAAAGAAUAUAAUACAAAAUCAGAUUAAUGAAAUCGAGUUUAUAAUAAAAACAUUUCAAAUGAAUCAUCAAUCGAAUAUAGAUAUUCAUAAAUUUUUAAGAGACACAUUUGAUCAUCCAAUGUAUAAAAAAAAAUUAGAAAAAAUAAUAAAUAUAGAAAAGGAAAUAUUAAAAAGUAAAAUAGAAGAGUGUAAAAAAUGUAUUACUGAUAUUCAAAUAAAAGAAGGAGAACUUCAAGGAAAGAUAUGCUUACGAAAUGAGUAUAUAGAAAAAUUAAAAAAAGAUAUAAAAUCAGGAUCCUAUGAAAAUAUAGAUAAUGAAUAUAAAAAAAAAUUAAUAGAAAUAUGUGUAUAUAAAAAUGUAAUAAAAGAUUUAUCAAAUUUUCAUAACAGUUUUGAUCAAGCAAUUAUUAAAUUUCAUUCUUUAAAAAUGCAAGAAAUUAAUUUAUCUAUAAAAAAUUUAUGGAGAAGAGUAUAUAAUAAUCCUGAUAUAGAUUAUAUAUAUAUAAAAUCGGAUUUAGAAAUAGAAAAUAAUGAAAAAAUAAAUCAAAGAAGAUCUUAUAAUUAUAGAGUUGUUAUGGUAAAAGAUAAUUGUGAAUUAGAUAUGAAGGGUAGAUGUUCAUCAGGUCAAAAAGUUUUAUCUUCAAUAAUAAUUCGUUUAGCUUUAGCAGAAUCAUUUUCUAUUAAAUGUGGAAUAUUAGCAUUAGAUGAACCUACAACAAAUUUAGAUAAAUCAAACUCUAAAAAUCUAGCUAAUUUAAUUGCUAAUAUUGUUGAUCUAAGAAAAAAUAGUUCAUCAUUUCAACUUAUUCUAAUUACACAUGAUACUUAUUUUGUAGAUGCUUUAUCACAAUAUGGCUUAACAAAUUGUUUCUACAAAGUUAGGAAAGACAAAAACGGAUACUCUCAAAUCGUUAAAGUUGAAAAGUAG